GGUUAUCGUAAUUGUAAUCGCUCGGUGUUAAUUGUCCGUGUUCUAAAAAUAUCGGAUGCGAAAAGUCCAAUAUCAACAAAAUCGCCGGUGUCAAUUGUCCAAUAACAUGGAUGAACUGAACAGUGUAAAAAACAUUGAAUGUAACAAUAGAACACAAUCGAAUCUAGACAUCAAACCUGGAUUGUUAAUAAUCAAUUCUUAUGUAAAUCAAUUCAAUCCUGAUUUGAAAGCUGAACAGUUAGAAAUCAAGGAAGUCGUUGAUAAACAAAAUUCUUUAAUAAGUUCUAUGCUUAAAGAAAAUGAAGAAUUGUCUAACUUGUUGAAUGAAUCUGAAGUUCAAGACAUGUUCACAUCUAUAAAACAUUGCCAUGGGCAGUUGAUUGAAUUAAAAAAGAAGCUUAUGUUCUUACACAAGAAAACUAUAUCAUUAGAAAGAAGAGCAAAUGUACUGCGUGUUGCCAAACAAAGAGAAGCAUUACAAAGAGAACAUCUAAAAGAAUCUAUGUUAGUUCGUGAACAAGAACUUAUUUCUAAACAAUCAUAAAAUCAGUAUGCACCUGUUAUUUUUAUGUCCCGCAAACAGAGUAAAUUUAUAACCAACUGAAUA